CGUGACGGCUCGGCCGGCAGGGGAGGCAGAGGCAGAGGGGCGUCAGACGCACCGAGUGGCUGGCGGGGCAGUUGGGGCAGCCGGAGGAGCGGCGCCGCAGCCAUGGGGAGCUUGAAGGAUGAGCUGCUCAAGGGCAUCUGGCAUGCUUUCACCGCGCUCGACCUGGACCACAGCGGCAAGGUCUCCAAAUCCCAACUCAAGGUCCUGUCCCAUAACCUGUGCACCGUGCUGAAGGUUCCACAUGACCCGGUUGCCCUUGAAGAGCACUUCAGGGAUGAUGAUGAGGGACCUGUCUCCAACCAGGGCUACAUGCCUUAUUUAAACAAGUUCAUUUUGGAAAAGGUCCAAGACAACUUUGACAAGAUUGAAUUCAAUAGGAUGUGUUGGACCCUCUGUGUCAAAAAAAAUCUCACAAAGAAUCCCCUGUUCAUUACGGAAGAAGAUGCAUUUAAAAUAUGGGUUAUUUUCAACUUUUUAUCUGAGGACAAAUACCCACUAAUUAUUGUGCCAGAAGAGAUUGAAUACCUGCUUAAGAAACUUACAGAAGCUAUGGGAGUAAGUUGGCAACAAGAACAAUUUGAAAAUUAUAAAAUCAACUUUGAUGACAGUAAAGAUGGCCUUUCUGUGUGGGAACUGAUUGAGCUUGUUGGAAAUGGACAGUUUAGCAAAGGCAUGGAUCGACAGACUGUGUCCAUGGCAAUUAACGAGGUCUUCAAUGAGCUCAUAUUAGAUGUGCUGAAACAGGGUUACAUGAUAAAAAAAGGCCAUAGACGGAAAAACUGGACUGAACGCUGGUUUGUAUUAAAACCCAACAUAAUUUCUUAUUAUGUGAGUGAGGAUCUGAAAGAUAAGAAAGGAGACAUUCUCUUGGAUGAGAACUGCUGUGUGGAGUCCUUGCCUGACAAAGAUGGAAAGAAAUGCCUUUUUCUCAUAAAAUGUUUCGAUAAGACCUUUGAAAUCAGUGCUUCAGAUAAGAAGAAGAAACAAGAGUGGAUUCAGGCCAUCCAUUCUACCAUCCAUCUCCUGAAGCUGGGCAGCCCCCCACCACACAAAGAAGCCCGCCAGCGUCGGAAAGAACUGCGGAAGAAGCUGCUGGCAGAGCAGGAGGAGCUGGAGCGACAGAUGAAGGAGCUCCAGGUAGCGAACGAAAACAAACAGCAGGAGCUGGAGGCCGUGAGGAAGAAACUGGAAGAAGCAGCAUCUCGGGCAGCAGAAGAAGAAAAGAAGCGCCUUCAGACUCAAGUGGAGCUCCAGGCCAGGUUCAGCACGGAGCUGGAGCGGGAGAAGCUUAUCAGGCAGCAGAUGGAAGAACAGGUUGCCCAGAAAUCCUCUGAACUAGAGCAGUAUUUGCAGCGGGUCCGGGAGCUGGAAGACAUGUACCUAAAGCUGCAGGAGGCUCUCGAGGAUGAGAGACAGGCCCGGCAAGAUGAAGAGACGGUGCGGAAGCUACAGGCUAGGCUGCUGGAGGAAGAGUCGGCCAAGAGGGCCGAGCUGGAGAAGUGGCAUCUGGAGCAGCAGCAGGCCAUUCAGACCACGGAGGCGGAGAAGCAGGAGCUGGAGAACCAGCGCGUCAUCAAAGAGCAGGCCCUCCAGGAGGCCUUGGGGCAGCUGCAGCAGCUGGAGCUCGAGCGGAAACAGGCGCUGGAACAGUACGAGGGAGUUAAAAAGAAGCUAGAGAUGGCAGCGAAGAUGACCAAGAGCUGGAAGGACAAAGUGGCCCAUCAUGAAGGAUUAAUUCGAUUGAUAGAACCAGGUUCAAAAAACCCUCACCUGAUCACUAACUGGGGCCCGGCAGCUUUCACCCAGGCAGAACUUGAGGAACGAGAGAAGAGCUGGAAAGAAAAGAAGACCACAGAGUGAGCCGUAGUUACGUCAGCUGUGUAGGUUGCAAGCACAGCUGCAAAACUUUAUGCUAAAGACAGAGGACCUGGCUUUUCUGCUUCUAACUUCCAGCACCUCCUAUGGGGUCAGUAUACUAAGGAAGCCUUCUUAUUUAUCUGCCAAUAAGGAAGGGCUUACCUGAAAAGAAAAAAAAAAAGUCAACAUUGUCAGGCUCUUUAUUUACUCUUUCUUUGAAAACCUCAGCUUCUGAAAAUUCCCUUCAGCUCCCUCAGAUUCUUUUCAGAGGAGGUGGUACAUAGACAGCCCAGUGGCGGGUGACCAGGGGCAGGGAGGCACUCAGGUCACUGGGUGUCAGAACCUCUGUGGGCUGGGGCUGUUGUUUUUCCAGCAGCGUAUUUCCUCCUCCAAGUGCUUGUUUCUAAACUAAGGGGGCCACCCUGCUUGCCAUGGUCCGCGGUGGACGUGGACUGCCUCUGACCACGGCUACUCAGCUGGAAAAGACACUUCUCCUGCACGUGGUCCUCGCUCGGACUGAGGGGUUGCCGUUCGUCUCUUUGGUUGUGCAGAUUUAAUGCCAUGUGAGCGAUUGGCAUCUGGCUCCAGAGGCACUGUCUCCAGGGGGCAGAAGUCUUUUAAAUAAUGCUUUGGCUGAGAUAGAUACUUAAGAAUCAAAGAUAGCACAGAGAUGAACUAAGUGAAUCCCAUUCAGAAUGAUGUUUUGAUACUAACUGAAUUCUUCCUAAUAUUUAAAAUAGUUUUAACCAUCUGUGUGCUGGCAGACCCCUUGGUUUUACUUUUGUAGUUACUGUACAGAACAUCUCUGGUGUGUGUGAAUGCUUGUCCUAAUCAGACCUUUGCCUUAAUAAACAGUGAUAUGAUCGUUCCUAGAAAUUAUACAUGAAAAAAGUUUUUAAAAUGUAUUUUUGUGGUGUGCUAUGUUGAGAGGGAACAAAAUAUUUAUAAUUUUCAAACAUUCUUACCUAAAUAUUGUACAAUGUAAUAUGCUGAACUUUCUUAAUUUUUUGGCUAAUUUUCUAAGAUACGUUAAAAUUGUUUUAUAUGGUUCUUGUUUGUUUGUUUUAGUCAAAUGGAGUCGGUAAGAAAAUAAAAAAAUACUGGAAAAGCAUA